AUGGAAGGAUGUUUAUCUUCGAAUUUGAUGGUUCUAGGUACUGGAGCCUUAGAAAUGUACAUGUAUCAAGAAUUUAUAAGGAUUGUACAACAUGUAAAUCAAACAACUACUUCAUUAAAUAAUGAAAAUAAUAAAGAAAAUUUUAGGACUAAAUGCUUACAACUGGCAGAUUAUCUAAUUCAGCAUAAGACUCCACCACGAUAUUAUUUACAAGGAAAAGAAAAAUGGGAAGGAACACUAAAGGGGAGAUUAAAUUCUUAUUUUACACCCCUUAUUUUAAAAUAUGGUGGAUGUUUUCCUAUUUUAGAUAAUAAUGAAAAACAAAUUUUAGAUUUAAAUUAUAAAGCAUUAAAUUUAUGCGAUGAAAUAAAAAAAAGACAGGAAGAAAUACAAUGCAUUAAAGGAAAACGCAUAAUUUCUGAUAAAUGUGAUGAAACAUGUUCAAAUAAAAUUAAUGAAUAUAAUGUGUGGAUUAGUAAUGAAAAGGUGAAUUUUAAUAAUAAGAAAGAACUCUUAAUACAUAAUUGCAAAAAUGUACCAUCCCAAUUUCCAACAAAAAAAUGUGACAUAGUGAAUCCUGGAACAUUUAGUGAACUUCCUGAGUGCACGGUUAAGUAUUCAGUUGCCCGGACACAGCCUGAAUCUGCAGAAAAAAAAACAAUUCCUCCAGAUGUCGAUCAAACAACAGAUAGCGUUCAAUCUAUUCCUCAAGAUUCACAGAAACAAGAUUCGCAACUUAUAAGUGGAGAGAAAGAAAAAAUUGAAGUACAAACUGAACAAGAAAAAGUUCGUCCAGAUCUUCAAUCUCAAACUGAUGAACUAUCAUCAACCAAAGCUACAAGUACUCAAGGUGACAUCAGGGACAAUAAGGAUCCUCAACCUAGAAAAGAACAAGCAUCAGCAGCUUCUGAAAACGAAGAAGUAAUAUCAUCAGAUGGUUCUACAUUUUCUUCAAAGUCAGAAGAAUCGGUAGUUCCCCCUAGGUUUGAAACAACUCCUUUAUCUAUUCCUGCUCCACUUUCACUUACUCCUUCUUUAUCCAGUAUAUCUUCAGGACAAGUAGUAAAAAAAUCUAACUCUCAUACAUCAUCUAUUUUAAUAAGUAUUAUUAUUAUUAUUGUAUUUUCUUUUUUUAUUAAAUACGCAUUAAUAGGGAUGUUUAAAAAAAAAAAAAAUAUAAAAAGAAAACAAAUGAAAUUCCUUAGAAUAAAAGUACCUUCACGAUUUGAUAAAAAAAGUAAGUUUUUCACAGAUGAUCAUUUAGAACGCGCAAUAUAUGAUGAUGAAGAAAUCAUAAAAAAAAUUAAAAUAAAUGAACGUACAAAAAAAGUAAACUUGUCGAAGCAAAAAAAAGACAGAUCCAAAAUCAUAAUAGAAGUACAUAUGGAAGUACUCGAAGAAUGCAUAAAUGAAGAUUGGGAAAACCACAAAGACGAAUUCUUAGAAAUAUGUAUAGAUGAGUUCGCGAAAAAGGAUUAUACAACCUAUCCCAAUUUAAAAGAUGAUGAUCCAAUAAUAGAAAAUGUUAAAUGUAUCAGUGAUAUUAAAAAGCAAAAUAUUCUAUGGAAUAAAUGGAUACAAAGAUAUAGAAAUCUUUCUCAAAAUCUGAAAAAAGACGAUUGGUUUAAUAAUUUGAAGGAUGAAUGGAAAAGAGAAGUAGCUUACAUACAAGAAAUGGAAGAAAUAAAAAAGAAAUAUUCAAAUGAAAAUCAAAAAGUUUCAUAUUUAGAAAGAGAAAAAGAUAUAUGGAGACAGUGGAUAUCAAAAAAGGGUAUGAUUAUACAACAACAUCUUGAUCAGUACUGGAAUAAUGGAUUAGCAGAGGAGUUGCAGAAUAUCUCAGAUGAAUAUGUAAAUGAAGAUACUAAAAAUUAUGUAUCACUAUUAAAUGUAGAAGAAUUGCAACACAAAGAAAAUUAUGAAGAAUUAUGUAAAUAUAUAAAAAAAAAAUUAUUAACAAAGUUUUGUAUUCUCGUUCUUAUAACAGUAUUAGAAGAAUAUAAAAAUGAGGUAAACCUUGAAAAUAGGGAAUCAUAUUUGGAUAGAUCCAUAAAUGAAUGGAAAGGAGAAGGAUAUUCAAGUAAAAAGCAAGAAAUUACAGAAAAUAUAAUUGAAUAUAAUAAAAAUGAUAUAGAAAAUAAAAGAAAUGAGGAAUUUGAUGCUCAUAUAUGGAAAGCUUGUUUCAGAGAUGAGAUAGAAGAUUGGAUAAGAGAAGAUGACUUAUAUGCAAAUUCUAUAGUUAGUGAUAGAACAGUAGACAAAUCGGAUGAAAUAGAAGAAAAACAGUUUCUAUAA